AUGUACAAAGCAGCAGCGGAAGCAUCAUUUUUGAGCUCAUUUGGUCUUUCGGCAAAUUACGAUUCGGAUUCCAAAUAUAAUCAAACCUCGAUUAAUGAAUACAAAAGAAAAAUCAAUCGAAAAGUAGUAAGUUCUAAAGGUGGCGAAAUCUUUAUCUUAGGUGGUCAUAUGGAAGCAUGGCAAGCAUCAGUGAAGAAAAGUCCAGCUAUCAUUCGACGAGCUGUUGAAAAUCUCACAUACUUUAUUCAAGCGGAUAAAAUUCCUGAAUUGACUGACAUGGCAUUGAGCAAAGUUCGAAAAGAAAUUAAUGAAGCGGUCAAUACCUAUAUGGAAAUGAAUACAAUUCGAGGAUGUAUGAAUCGAAAUUCACCAUCGUUCAACUGGAUUGCCAAUCUCGAUGAUGGUUCCUGUGCUUCAGUUCAACAGACGACACAGUUCGGAGGCUUUAUUCGCACUUGCACAGAAGAUUCUCAUAUGCCACAGUAA